ACGGUGACUCAUACCUUCCUGCAUGUACCAGAUUGCCCCUACCCCCUGCUAGGACGGGACCUUUUAACCAAGCUUGGAGCACACAUCUAUUUUGAAAAUAAGGGAGCCAAGAUUACUGAUUCUAAAGGAGCACCUAUACAAGUGCUCACCCUUAAAUUAGAAGAUGAAUAUAGACUGCAUCAUGAUCCCCAUCCUGUCCAAACAGGCAUAGAUCAGUGGCUGGCCAAGUACCCAGACGCUUGGGCAGAGACAGGAGGAAUGGGAUUAGCUACACAUCAGCCACCCCUAAUUAUUGAACUGAAAGCCACCGCGGCACCGGUGGCUGUUAAGCAAUAUCCUAUGAUGGCCGAAGCCCGCCAAGGAAUUAGACCACAUAUUAAAAGACUGCUAGAGCAAGGAAUAUUAAUCCCCUGCCGGUCAGCCUGGAACACUCCUCUGUUGCCUGUUAAGAAACCUGGAAGCGGGGAUUACAGACCAGUACAGGAUUUAAGGGAAAUCAAUAAGCGGGUAGAAGAUAUCCACCCCACGGUCCCGAAUCCUUAUAACUUGCUGAGCACCUUGUCUCCUAGCCAUACUUGGUACACUGUAUUGGACCUGAAAGAUGCCUUCUUCUGUCUAAAGCUGCACCAUCAGAGUCAGCCCUUGUUUGCCUUUGAAUGGAAGGACUCCGACCUGGGAAUUUCCGGACAGCUUACUUGGACACGGCUGCCACAGGGGUUUAAGAACAGCCCCACCCUUUUUGAUGAGGCCCUACACCAAGAUCUGACUGCUUUCAGGACCCUCCACCCCCACCUGAUCCUGUUACAAUAUGUAGAUGACAUCUUGCUGGCGGCAGAGACACAGGAGAAGUGCCUAGCAGGUACGGAGGCUCUUUUGCAAGAAUUGGGACAGAUGGGAUACAGAGCCUCAGCAAAGAAGGCCCAGCUCUGCCAGAAAGAGGUAACCUACCUGGGAUACCGGCUAAGCGGAGGACAGAGAUGGCUGACAUCAGCUCGCCAGGAGACCAUCUUGGGCAUCCCAGCACCUCGUGAUCACAGACAGGUGAGAGAAUUUCUGGGGACUGCCGGGUUUUGCCGCCUAUGGAUUCCAGGAUUCGCAGAAAUGGCGGCCCCCCUGUAUCUCCUGACCAAGACAGACGGACCCUUCAUUUGGGAGGACCACCACCAACAAGCCUUCGACCACAUAAAGAAGGCCUUGUUGGAGGCUCCGGCUCUUGGCCUGCCUGAUCUGACAAAGCCAUUUGAGCUGUAUGUUGAUGAAAAGCUGGGGUACGCGAAAGGGGUCCUGACUCAAAAAUUGGGGCCGUGGAGACGCCCCGUAGCCUACUUGUCAAAGAAACUAGACCCAGUGGCUGCCGGCUGGCCCCCUUGUCUGAGAAUGGUGGCAGCGCUGGCAGUCCUGGUCAAAGAUGCCUUUAAGUUAACCCUGGGUCAGCCUCUUUGUGUUCGGGCCCCCCACGCUCUUGAGUCUCUCAUCAGACAGCCCCCGGAUCGGUGGCUCUCGAAUGCCCGGAUGACUCAUUACCAGGCUUUGCUCCUGGACACUGACCGCAUCCAGUUCGGACCCCCCGUCGCUCUCAAUCCUGCAACCCUGCUGCCCACCACAGAAGAACCUGACCCUCGGGAUGACCAUGACUGUCAUCGGGUUCUGGCCGAGGUUUUUGGCACCCGACCAGAUCUCAGCGAUAAGCCACUGGAGAAGGCAGAUUACACCUGGUACACAGACGGGAGCAGUUUCCUCGAAGGGGGUCAGCGCCGAGCUGGGGCGGCAGUCACCUCAGAGAGCAAGGUAAUAUGGGCAGAGCCUUUACCAGAGGGGACAUCGACGCAAAAGGCCGAGCUGGUGGCCCUGACGCAGGCCCUGCGGUUGGCAGAAGGUAAGAAGCUGAACGUAUAUACUGACAGCCGAUACGCCUUCGCUACGGCACACAUCCACGGAGAAAUUUAUAAAAGAAGGGGGCUCCUUACUUCAGGAGGAAAAGAAAUAAAGAACAAAGCUGAAAUCAUAGCGCUCCUAGAUGCUCUGUUCCUGCCAAAAGAACUCAGUAUUAUGCAUUGCCCGGGACAUCAGAAAGGAAACCAGCCAGAAGCAAAAGGAAACCGGCUGGCCGAUCAGACAGCCAGGGAGGCUGCCAUGAAGAGUCAAGUACUAACCACGAGAAUCGUCCCCGAACAAAAGAGAGACGAGGCCAUUAGAAGCUAUUCCCAGGAAGACAGAGAAUUACUUAAGAAAAUGGGAGCCCUCAGUGAUCCAGAGACUGGGUAUUGGGAAUAUCAGGGAAAGACAGUUCUACCUCAAAAAUCAGUAGAAGACCUCCUAGAUGAACUUCACAAAUGGACCCACCUAGGAGUCUCCAAAAUGAAAAAGCUGAUCGAGCGGGAAGAAACAAUCCAUUAUCUGCUAAACAAAGAUGCCAUCCUACAAAGAAUUGUUAAGAACUGUAAGGCCUGUGCCCAGGUAAACUGGGGCAAAAAUAAAGCUUCAGGAGGGGUCAGACAAAGAGGCCACAGGCCAGGAAUUCAUUGGGAAGUUGACUUCACCGAGGUCAAACCAGGAAUGUAUGGCUAUAAAUAUUUGUUAGUUUUCAUUGACACUUUUUCAGGAUGGCCAGAAGCCUACCCGACCAAGCAAGAAACUGCAAGGGUGGUAUCCAAGAAGCUAUUAGAUGACAUCUUUCCCCGAUUUGGGAUGCCUCAGGUAAUAGGGUCAGAUAACGGACCAGCCUUCGUCUCCCAGGUAAGUCAGAAGGUGGCCAGGUUACUGGGGAUUGAUUGGAAAUUACAUUGUGCUUACAGGCCCCAGAGUUCAGGUCAGGUAGAGCGAAUGAAUAGAACCAUUAAGGAGGCUCUAACUAAAUUCUCGCUAGCAACUGGCACUAAAGACUGGGUGACUCUACUGCCCUUGGCAUUAUACCGGGCCAGGAACACUCCUGGACCUAGUGGGUUGACCCCAUUUGAAAUCUUGUAUGGAACCCCCCCACCAGCAGUUUCUUUCCUGGACCCUGAUAUCUCUAACUUUGUUGAUUCACCUUCCCUCUUUGCUCACCUGAAGGCACUCCAGCUGGCUCACCAAGAGAUCUGGAAGCCUCUAGCUGCAGCCUAUCAGGAUGCUAUUGACACUCCUAUUGCACCCCACCCCUUCCAGCCCGGGGACGUUGUCUGGGUACGGAGGCAUCAGAGUCGGAGCCUAGAACCACGCUGGAAAGGACCCUACACCGUCCUGCUGACAACCCCUACCGCGCUCAAGGUAGACGGCAUCACUACUUGGGUCCACGCUUCACACGUCAAGGCCGCGAACCCAGAACACAGGGAACUACUCGGCAGGGAGAGAUGGCGGCUGACCCGGACGCCCAACCCCCUAAAGAUAAGACUGGUCAAAGAAAAAUAAUAAUCCUGUUACUCUGGGUAAAUCUAUUUACUUAUGAAUUUGCUCCCAGUGAUGGGAGCCCCCAUACAGCUGUGCCAACUACCUGGCAAGUAAUUAAUCAAAUGGGCAUUGUAGUAUUUGAGGUCCAAAAAGAGGCACCAAAAGACACAUGGUGGCCCAUAUUGUACCCAGAUUUGUGCAAAUUAGCUUUAGGGGUACAGGAGCCUUGGGACUUAGAAGGAACCCACGAUACUGAAAAGGCACCCAGCAUGGCGAGUCCUCCUGGGAGGCUGGGACUGGACCCAUGGGGAGGAUGCGGCCCUCCUGAACACCGGGCCAUGUUGCGUACCUUAACCUUUUAUGUCUGCCCAGGCUUUCACAGGGCUGUGUCUCUCAAUCCUAAGUGUGGAGGGGGGGGCAUUUCUUUUGCAAAAACUGGGGGUGCGAAACCACCGGAGAUACUUGGUGGAAUCCGUCCUCAUCAUGGGAUUACAUCACUGUAAAAGCAAAUUAUUCUCAUGGGACUUUUGAGGAAUGGAAAACUACUCAUAAACAGGCCUGUGAGGGAAAAUGGUGCCACCCCCUCUGCAUAGACUUUACAAGUAAAGGUAAAGUGUCAUCCCUAAAUUGGGACAAAGGAUAUACUUGGGGAAUUAGGUUAUAUAAAGAACGAGAAGAUGAUGGCCUCCUUUUUACGAUUAAAAGAGUUAUGUUUCCCCCACCUGCAGUAGCCAUAGGUCCCAACCCAGUCAUCAGUAACCAACAACCAGCUUCCCUUCCUUUACCUGCUUUGGUGCCCUCACAAACCCCAGAGACCAAUGACUCUGCAGGUCUACCUGACUCUGCCAGUCUGCCUCCCACCACAUACCCUGGAACAGGUGACAGGCUCCUGAACCUCGUUAGGGGAGCAUUCCAGGCAUUGAAUCAUUCGGAGCCAAAUAAAACCAAAAAUUGCUGGCUCUGUCUGAACCCGAGCCCCCCUUACUACGAGGGCAUAGCCGUCCAAGAAAACUUCUCAGUAAUACCUGCGAACUCUGCUACCCCCCUCGCCUGCACCUCUUCCA